AAUUCAUUAAACCCAACAACAAUAAAAUCUAGCAGCUAGCAAUGGAUAAGGAAGUGAUUUUACUAGAUUUGCAGCCAAGUCCUUUUGCAAUGAGGGUGAAGAUAGCUUUGGCAGAGAAGGGAGUAGAGUUCAAGUCAAAGGAAGAGGACUUGAGCAACAAGAGCCCUUUGCUUCUGGAGAUGAAUCCUGUUAAUAAGCAAGUUCCUGUCUUGAUCCAUAAGGGGAGACCCAUAUGUGAAUCUCUUAUCAUUGUUCAGUACAUUGAUGAGAUUUGGAAUCACAAAUCUCCAUUGUUGCCUUCUGAUCCUCACCAGAGAGCUCAUGCCAGGUUUUGGGCUGCUUAUGUUGACAAGAUUUAUACUAUAGGACGCUCAUUCUGGACAUCCGAAGGUAAAUCUGAGGAGACAACAAAGGACUUGCUAGAGUGCUUCAAGACAUUGGAAGGAGAGCUUGGGGACAAACCUUACUUUGGGGACAAAACCAUGAACAUCGUCGACAUAUCUCUUAUUCCAUUCUCUACCUUCUUCUACACAUUAGAGAAGUUUGGAAACUUCAGCAUGAAAGCAGAGUGCCCCAAGCUGGUGGCAUGGGCCAACAGAUGCAUGCAAAAAGAGAGUGUGUCCAAAUCUCUGUGUGACCCCUUCAAGACUUACGAGGUUGUUAUGCAGAUAAGAAAGAGGCAUGGAAUUAAGUAAUAAAUAACUAUCACUGUGCCAUUGGUAUUUGGUCAUUUUUAGAUUCUAGAUCAAAUAAUAUGCAUAAAAUGACUCAUGUGGAGAAGUGAGUUUUACUAGUUUUUGGGUUGUUGGGUUAAUUAAGAUUAGUAGUGGAUUUUGUAUCAUUAUCAGUGUCCCAAAAUGGUCAUGAUGAAUUCAAAUAAAAUUUGUCUCAUCAA